AUGGAAGGACGGGAUUUUGCGGCUCAGGCACAUCUUCUGUCAGAGCGGGGCGCCCUGGUGCAUCGAGCCGCCUCGCGGAUCGCUCCCUCUGGACACGGAUCUGUGCAGCACGCCGGUCACUUCCCGCCGGGGAAAUACUACCCCUCGCACAUACCAAUGGCUCCCCACUCAGGCAGUGGACUGAUGGGCAACUCCUCCGCCUCCUUCAUGGGGACCUUUCUGGCCAGUAGUUUGGGCUCUCCGCCGUCCCACCCACCACACCCGCCCCGGCCUCCAUCCUCGCCCUCCUCACCCUCCUUCAGGGGCGGACCGCACUCCAGCGCCUCACAAAUCUGGUUUCCCCAUUCACACGAAGCAGCUCCAGGGUAUCCACGGUUCUCAGGAAGUCUGGCUCACACGUUCCUCCCAAUGAGCCACUUAGAUCACCAUGCCAACAGUGGAGUCCUCUACGGGCAGCACCGCUUUUACGACACCCAAAAAGAGAACUUCUACCUCCGAGGUCUCCCAUCCCAGCCUCCUCUCAUCUCAGCCAAUCAUACCCUAACGCCAAUGUCCAGGGCGGUUUCAGGUCACGCACAGGGGUCCUGCAGUCGAGACCGUGACUCCGGGGCAGGGCAGGGUCUUCAGAAGGGACUUAAGGAGGGAACAGCCGAAAGAGGAGUCGUACCUGGCAAAGACAAAGAGCGGUCCAGUAGCAAACACGAUACAAAGGAGAGACAACAGCAGCAACAGCAGCAGCAGCAUCACAGUCACCAUCUGGCUCUGCCCACACACCACCACCACCAUUCCCACCCACAUCAGCAGCACCCACAGUAUCAACAGCACCCACUGCCCCUGGAAGAGGUCAACAGUCGGCCUUUGGAAAGACAUAAAUCCUCACUACCCAUGGAGCACCCACAAAGCAUGGGAAAAACUCUCAGUGCCUGUUUGCACAAUGGCAAAAUGCAAAAUGGAGAUACAGUUAGUACGAUGGGCAGGAGCUGUGGUGGGGAAAGCAUCGGGGUGAUGGGAGGUGGUCGGCAUAUGGGGCAAAGUGGUGGAAGUCGCUGCACCAAAGAAGGAGUCAGUGGAGGUAUGAGAAUCAGUGAACAACCGUCAGACUGUUUAGAAAGAGGACAGGCCCCGCUGCACCACACGCUGCCCUAUUCUGUGCCCCCUCCUCUGCACAUGGGGACCACCACAGGAGCUGCACACCCACACUCACAUCCACAUGCACACUCACACACACACCCAGGGGGCUUCCACUGCCUCCAGCUUCACCCAAGUCAUCCACACCACCCGCAUCAUUCCCAUCACCAUACAGACUUCUUCUGCCCGCCCCCUCCAGCCCCUCUCUCUAACCCUGCUGCCCUCGAUAGGGGACCAGCAAAUGUAGGGAGACAACCAAAAGUCUCAGGACCUACGUUUGUACCAUCCGUCACAGACGGUAGUGAAAAAUCAAGUGGGCCUUUUCAGCUUGGUAACCCUGACUACCAGGCAGUGGGCAGUGGAGGAGUUGGAGGAGGAGGCAAUGCCAAGGACAAGGUUUUAGAAAAGAAUGGAGGUGGGCACCAUAGUAACUGGCAACGAAAGCAGCAACAGCAGCAUCAACAACAAAAUCCAUACAGGAAAGCCGACAAGGCUCCAGAUUGGCUACAGCCCCAGCAUCAUAUCCAGUCCACACAAAUGCCCCACCCCACCCAGCAGCCUGUUCCCCCACACCCUCAGCAGCACCAGGUGGUCCGCUCCCGUAGUGCAGAGUGCGUCAACUCUGGCGUAGACAUGGAUGUGUUCAGAUCCCCAGACCCAAAAACUGGACAUGCUAUGUCCCAUUCUGUUAACACAUCACCAUAUAGAGACUGCUCCCACCAGGGACCCCCACCCAAUGCUUCACCACUGGGCAAUAAAAGUAUGAGCCAACACAAUGGUUCCGUGCACAGCUCUGCUGUUGCACCAGGAGGGGGCAGUUGUUCUCUACAGAGGGAUGGCCAGAAGGUUGCUCGUAUUCGCCACCAACAGCAUGGGCGUAGUGGGCAAGAAACUCCAUCUCCAGCUGAACUAAAUCAAGUGACAAAUCAAGAAAUAAAAAGAAAAAUGGAUAUCUCUCCAUAUAGUUAUCCCAACCCUAGUGGGCAGCAUCAGCAGCCUCCAGUGUCUCCCUGGACCAUGAGGCCUUCUCAUCACAUGCCCAAACCAGAGGAGGAGCAGAGGAAGACCUACAUGGAGUUAGGAAAUGUCGUCAGGCCGCACACUCAGCAGCAGCAGUCAGGCAUGAACCUGCCUCCUUCACAGCCUCCCUCUGCUCCACCUUUGAGCACACAGCAGCAGCCUGAACCUCAAGCCCAAUCCCAGGGGGAUAACAGCGCCACUAAAGCUUUACUCAAGUACAGCUCCCAGCAGACUAUGCUCCCCUCUCAGAAGACCCCCUUUGGAGGUUUGGGAAAUCUCAAGUCUGCUGGCAUUACCUGUGCCCUGCAGGGGAACAAACACACACUGCCACCAAGGAAGGGCCCAGUCAGUGACGGAGAGCGUUCCGACUACAGUGGCCGCAGCAGGGACCAGGGGGAGCCAGGCCACACAGAGACAGAGGUGCGUCAGCCUCCGGUGGGGAUUGCAGUGGCUGUGGCCAGACAAAGAGACCCUCCAUGUCGCUCAGGAGACAGCCACCCCAACAGUCGCCAAGGCAGAGUGCACCCCUCUGUCAAAGGAGUCACUCGCUCCAUGUAUUCAUCAGAUCCCUCUGCAGAUGAGGAGAGAAAAAGGAUAAAUGGGGACCUCACUUGCUUGGACAGAGACAGAGAUCAAUACAUCAGGGAAAAUAAAGAAAGGGUGGAGUUUUCAAGGAUGCAUCCCCCCAACAGCUGUCAUGGAGACCUAAGCUCUCAUCUGAUGGUCCCGGGUGGAACGUCCCUUCAGUCUGGCCAAUUAGGAGAUCCUGCUGCACAUUCUGCUCAUCACUGGAUGCCAAGAACAGGAAGCCCAUCACUAUGGAUGACAGGACACUCUUAUGCAGGUAUUGGUCAUGGCGCGCUGCAUCAGAAUCUUCCUCCAGGAUUCUCUGCUGCGAUGUCAGGGCCUCUGCAGCCUGUCUUGCCUCUGCCCCAGGACCCCUCACAGCUAGUGGUCCUUCCCACUGAGCCAGCUGCUCACCCAGCGACACAUCCCUUAGAUGUGAUGGAGCAGCCCGGACUAUGGCCCCCUGUGUAUGGCACCCGGGGCCCACCCUCCCACAUGCAACAUCCCGCUGUGUACUCUCGCUCUCAGUUUCUACGGCAACAGGAGCUGUAUUCUCUCCAGCAUCCUCAGCUUCAGCACCCACAUCAGCACCAGAGCCACCAGACACAACAGGCUCAAGGCCACGCACAAGGACAGACUCAGCAGAGGCCACUUAAUAUGGACAUGCAGCACCAGUCCCCUCACAACGCACAGUUUCAGAAAAGGCCACACUCUGAACUGGAGGAACUCAUCUCUGAGCCAAGGACGUCAAAGCCAGCCAAGCCGUAUGCAUACAAUCCUCCAAGACGGAACACCCCGACCCCUGGAGCGUGUCCUCCGCCCAUGUCCCCCUGUUGUCAGUCGCCUUCAGUGAGGCCACAUCCCAAAAGCACCCCCUCCACGCCCUGUCCAACUCCCAGCCCAGCUGCAGCAGCUCUGCAGUCUCCUGCCAUCAGCCCCUUACCCCCGUCCAUGUCAAAGAGGGCAGACAACCAGGAGAAGAGUGGCGAGAUAGAGCUACCACAGGAGUACCCAGAAUCUCUCGAGCCGGACUUGCCUCCUGGCUAUGUGUACCCUGGCAUUGCCAUUGGCUACAGAAAUGUGCCAUCAUCUGAAGAUGUGCAGCUGGCUGAGCCUGCAGACCUGGCCACAGUCCAAGUGGAGCCAGUAAACCGUGCUCCCCAGUCUCUCACCAGUUUAGGAGAGGGACUGGAGUGUCAAGCUGUGGUUAGACCUCUCCAGGAGGCUCUUACACCUCAAAAGCCUGUGCAGGAAGUAGAUGAAGACAUAGCAGAGGUCUUGGAGGAGAAAAAGAAAGUAGCAGAGGUAACAGCCCAUUAUGUUCCUGUCGAGAAGGAGUUAGCAGAGCAGGGGCCCAGUGAAGAUGAGGUGCUUGUUUGCCCCCCUGCUACAACCCCGGUGUGCGAGGUUGCCUCCUGUUCAAUCCCUUUAUUCACAGAGGACACUGAAAGGCCACAAGCUGUCAUCACCCUGGAUGAAGAGGAGGGGGAUGAGCCAGUGGAGGAUAGCCAGGUGGAGCUGGCACAAAAGGUCAACAUGCCUGAAGAGCAGCACAUUGGGCUGGCCUCCACAAGCGAGCCUGGCCCCUUCUCUGCUGCACUGCAGCAUCCAGAGGCCCUCACUGCUAAUAAUGCUGAGGACAAAGGGCCUGGGAUGGAGAUUGGAGCAACUCCUGAUGCUUCAGAGGGUGUACUGUCUCCAGUGCCUGCCCUGAGCCCUCAGAGUAAUCACAUCGAAGUCUUUCCUCACAAACCAUUGGUGCCGUGUUAUUGGAGUCUGGAGCUGCUCAUAGCUGCAGCCUUCUGCACAGAUGUGCCUCCAUUCCCCCUGUUCCCCUUCAUCGCCCCAGCAGUUGCACCAUCAGAGCCAAAGGCCCACGCCGGCAUGGAGCUCCUGAGUGAGUUAGCUGAUCUGGAGCUACAGCAGCAAAGACAAGUCUGUGGUAAAAGCCAGGAAGAAGAGUUGCUGAUGUUUGACCUCAGGAGCCUGGCGACGCUGGCCACAGCGCGAGCUCUGGAGAUGGGUCAUUCAGAAUCAAGCAACCUUACUUCAGAGAGACAUCUUCCUGCUCGAAAAAAUGUUAAUCUACGGAGGAAAUGCAACUGGACCCCUCGUAAUGAACCAGUUUGCCCUGCCAAAGGUAGUGUUGAAACAAUCGAUGGUCCUGAGCUCUCGAUGCGUGUGAAGUUGGCAGAGCUACAGCGGCACUACAAAGAGAAGCAGAGGGAACUGGCCAAGCUUCAGAGGAAGCAUGAUCAUCAGAAAGAGGAAACCCCUCGCAGCCCAGCAAGGCGUGGCCCAGGUCGACCGAGGAAGAGGAAGCCCACCUUGAGUUCAGUGUCCUCAAAUGAUGGCCACAGAAAAGUCAAGUCCGUGGGGGCGGGGCUUGCCUUGUCACCUGACCACUCUGCUGUAGACUCCUUGAAGAGGAAGAAGAGGCUGUCCAGUCGAAGUUUGGAAUUAAGCAGCACACAGCAGAUAAAAGCACAGAGCUGCAAGAGGAGCACUCUCCACGGUGUGCUCAGCUCUAAGUUGUCUGCUGAUGUGGCUCAGCUCAAACAUAAGGCCCAGCAUAAAAAGAGUGUCUCAGGGGUGGGCUCCAGGGACACAGAGGCCUCGCCUUGUAAUUCCAACCCCAAACAUGGACACCGAGGUCAGGGCACGAACAAAGCUGAAUCCAGGAGAGAGUCAGGCGGGCAAAGUGACACAGCCAGUGGAGACAGUGGCCCACAUGAAAGUUGGUCUGGACAAAAGAACAGGUCGAGGCCAAAGAAGCAAGGUUCAUCUCAAUCUGGAGAAAAAACAUUGCAUGAUAGAGAGAGCUCUCCACCAGAAACCGACUCCUCGGAUCAAGACAUGGAAGAUGACGACGGGAGUGACAGUGACAGAGGUCAAGACCAAAGGACCAAGCCUAAGCCCAGCGAGGUCCAAUCGGGGUCUUCUGCAAAAGGUCCAAGUCCCUCGUCUGUUGUAAAACUGGAAGCUAAUCAGAAAGCCAGGAACAAAAAGCAGAGACAAGAGCUUUACGGCUCCCACAGUCUGUCUGGUGUGGAGGGUGAGGUCAAAGUUAAAAAGAAGCCACCGUCAAACGUGUGUAAGAAACGGCACAGCGAUUACCGACCGGGCUCCAAGUCGAAGGAGCAGCGCUGGGGUCUGAGCACAAGAGGCAGCCGCUACAGGAGGACCAUAGGACUGGCUACUUUCACUACGACCACAGAACGGCUCAAGAGGGCAACCCGCAAAAACACCAUCUUGAGAGGAACGAUAAAUAAGAGACGAAGCUGCUGGUCAGCUCAAUCUCCACAGAGCGAUGAAGGAAGAAGCAGACGAACCAAGAACCACGAGCCAAAAGGACACGCUGUGAGUCGGCUGUUGGAGAGCUUCGCAGCUGACGAGGGCUUUCAGAUGGACGGGGGAAGCUUCUCGGAGGAAGAGGAGGAAUACAGGCAUUUGUACAAAAACAAGAGCCCCGAUUUUCCAAAUUGUGUGCUGACCAAAGACAUGUUAGCGGAUGGACUGAAGGUGCUGAUCUCAAAAGAGGAUGAACUACUCUAUGCUGCAAAGGUUCACACACUGGACAUACCGGACAUCUUCAGCAUAUUGAUUGAUGGCGAACGAGGAAACCGACCACGGAUCUAUUCAUUGGAGCAACUGCUACAAGAAGCUGUCCUAGACGUGCGUCCCCAGUCAGAGGCGGUGCUUCCAGAGGGGACCAGAGUGUGUGCGUAUUGGAGUGAGCGCUCCCGCUGCUUAUACCCCGGAUACGUGCGCAGAGGUGGCUCUGAUGAGACCAAACCAGGACUCAUGGUGGAGUUUGAUGAUGGAGAUCGGGGAAAGAUUUCUCUCCAAAACAUCCGGCUCCUGCCUCCUGGAUAUCAGAUCCAAUGUGGAGAUUCUCCCCCAGUCCCUCUUCCAAAUGUGACAACUGCCAAAAGGAGUUCUCAUCUGGAGCAAGCCCCCAUCAAUGAGAGGCCUUCUGACAGACUGAACAAUGUUGACACAGUGAACAAACAGACUGUCAACAAAAGAAGACCAGGGAGGCCAAAGGGUUCUGGUAAAAAGCAAAUGCAGCUCCAGCAGCAGGACUCUAAAGCCUCUUCCAUGUUCCUGGGUUGGCCCACGUCCUCCAGCAGGAAACGGACGUGUGACAGUCUUUUUGGGACACAGAAGAAGAGUCGAGGGAGGAACAGUGACUUGUUCUCCUCGGCUCCAAUGCAGUUUCAGUCCUCUGCUCCAUCCAAAGGCCUUUUCAGCAGCAGCUCAUUUGAGGUGGACUCCUUCAGCAGCAUCGCCAAUGGCUACUCAUCUUUCUGCACCCCUCACCCGAGACCUGAGGCAAACCUGCCCGUCAGUCGCAAAGACACGUACAGUCAAAAGCGCAGAUCAGACGAGCAACUCAGCAUGCCUCAAAGUAGGAAAUCUGGGCAAGAGUUCCUUAUUAAGUUGGACCAUGAAGGAGUUACAUCACCAAAAACAAAGAACAGUAAGGCUCUUCUGUUACGCAACGCAUCCUCAAGUGUGAGUAGCCUUCCCAGAACCGAGGCCUACUCUCACCCCGUCCUGCUGGUCAAAGACAAUAAGAAAGGAGGCACCAACAAAGUCGAACUCCUCCACAAAGGGCCCUCAGACCAAAGGAAGCCAUCUCCAUCUCUUGGCCUGAGAGAUUACGGUGACCUGGGAUUCAGUUCUCACCGUGAACGCCACAGCUCCUACUCUGAUUACGAGGAAGAGGACGAGCGGAGGAGGGCUGCGAUUUUGGCUCAGGGUCUCAGGGCCGGUGGGCGUUUCCUGUCCCGCCUUUCUGUUUCUUCUUCUUCCUCUGGGUCUUCUAGCUCCUCCUCUUCUGGCUCCAUUUCCAGCUCCAGCCUGUGUUCCUCGGACAAUGACUCCUCCUACAGUUCAGAAGAUGAAGACAGCUCUGCAGCGAUAUUACAGAGUUGCCUCUCUUCUCGCCAAAGACUUAUACAAACUAACGAGCCGUCCACUUCCUCCAGGUCACACCCCUUUGCGGCUAAAGCUGCAGCGUCGACUGAUGCGAACAGCAAGUCACUCAAAAGGAAGGACUGCACUAGCUCUAAAGAAAUCGUUAAGAAACCCAGGAUGCAAACAGAUCAUAGCUCAUUCAAUCCAAGACCCAAGAUGUCCGGUUUUCUGGCCGGACGACAGAUGUGGAGGUGGUCAGGAAACCCAACACAGAGAAAAGGUCUAAAGGGCAAAGCCAGGAAGCUUUACUAUAAGGCCAUUGAGAGAGGCAGAGAGACAGUAGGAGUGGGGGAUUGUGCCGUGUUCCUCUCAGCCGGACGUCCCAACCUCCCCUAUGUAGGUCGCAUCGAGAGCUUCUGGGAGUCCUGGACUAGCAGUAUGGUAGUUAAAGUGAAGUGGUUCUACCAUCCGGAGGAGACCAAGCUCGGCAAGAGGCUGCAAAAUGGCAAGCAUGGCCUGUACCAGUCUUGCCACGAGGAUGAGAAUGAUGUCCAGACAAUCUCUCAUAAGUGCCAGGUGGUGAGCAGGGAGGAGUACGAGCGUCUAACCCACAACCCCAAGAACGUCAACAGCUCCGACCUCUUCUACCUGGCCGGGACAUACGACCCCACCACUGGUCAGAUCGUCACUGCUGAAGGAGUCCCUAUACUGUGCUGA